CGCAUGCGCAGGGGCAGACGCGCCCUUCCUCCCCACCGCAACCCUCCGCCAGGGGUGACUGAGGACUCCCGCGCGCGGGCUCCGUCGGCCCCACCCUCCCUUUCCCCGGGGCCAUUCGGAGAGCGGGGGCGAGAAUGAAAGUUCCAGAACGCUGCGCAACCAUGUCUAAGGGACCUGCAGUUGGCAUUGAUCUUGGCACCACCUAUUCUUGUGUGGGUGUUUUCCAGCACGGAAAGGUGGAAAUAAUUGCCAAUGAUCAGGGGAACCGAACCACCCCAAGCUAUGUCGCCUUUACUGAUACCGAACGAUUGAUCGGUGAUGCUGCAAAGAACCAGGUCGCAAUGAAUCCCACCAACACGGUUUUUGAUGCCAAGCGACUUAUUGGACGAAGAUUUGAUGAUGCUGUUGUCCAGUCUGAUAUGAAACAUUGGCCCUUCAUGGUUGUGAAUGAUGCUGGCAGGCCUAAGGUUCAAGUAGAAUACAAGGGAGAGACAAAGAGUUUUUAUCCAGAGGAGGUGUCAUCCAUGGUCCUGACAAAGAUGAAGGAAAUCGCAGAAGCCUACCUUGGGAAGACUGUUACCAACGCUGUUGUCACAGUACCUGCCUACUUUAAUGACUCUCAGCGUCAGGCUACCAAAGAUGCUGGAACUAUUGCUGGACUCAACGUACUGCGAAUCAUCAAUGAGCCAACUGCUGCUGCUAUUGCCUAUGGCUUAGACAAAAAGGUUGGAGCAGAAAGAAAUGUGCUGAUCUUUGAUCUAGGUGGUGGCACUUUUGAUGUGUCAAUCCUCACUAUUGAGGAUGGAAUCUUUGAGGUCAAAUCUACAGCUGGAGAUACUCACUUGGGUGGAGAAGACUUUGACAACCGCAUGGUCAACCAUUUUAUUGCAGAGUUCAAGCGCAAACACAAGAAGGAUAUCAGUGAGAACAAGAGGGCUGUGCGUCGUCUCCGUACUGCUUGUGAGCGUGCUAAGCGCACUCUCUCUUCCAGCACCCAGGCCAGUAUUGAGAUUGAUUCCCUCUAUGAAGGAAUCGACUUCUAUACCUCUAUUACCCGUGCCCGAUUUGAGGAAUUGAAUGCGGAUCUGUUCCGUGGCACCCUGGACCCUGUGGAGAAGGCCCUUCGGGAUGCCAAGCUGGACAAGUCUCAGAUCCAUGAUAUCGUCUUGGUGGGUGGCUCAACCCGCAUCCCCAAGAUUCAGAAACUUCUCCAGGACUUCUUCAACGGGAAAGAACUGAAUAAGAGCAUCAACCCUGAUGAGGCUGUUGCCUAUGGUGCAGCUGUUCAGGCAGCCAUUUUGUCUGGAGACAAAUCUGAAAAUGUUCAAGACUUGCUGCUGUUGGAUGUCACUCCUCUUUCCCUUGGAAUUGAAACUGCUGGUGGAGUCAUGACUGUCCUCAUCAAGCGCAAUACCACCAUUCCUACCAAGCAGACGCAGACUUUCACCACCUACUCUGACAACCAGCCUGGUGUGCUCAUUCAGGUUUAUGAAGGUGAGCGUGCCAUGACCAAGGAUAACAACCUGCUUGGCAAGUUUGAACUCACAGGCAUACCUCCUGCCCCACGUGGUGUUCCUCAGAUUGAAGUCACUUUUGAUAUUGAUGCCAAUGGCAUUCUCAAUGUCUCUGCUGUGGAUAAGAGCACAGGAAAAGAGAACAAGAUUACCAUCACUAAUGACAAGGGCCGCUUGAGCAAGGAAGAUAUUGAACGCAUGGUUCAAGAAGCAGAGAAGUACAAAGCUGAAGAUGAGAAGCAGCGGGAUAAGGUGUCUUCAAAGAAUUCGCUUGAAUCCUAUGCCUUCAACAUGAAAGCUACUGUUGAGGAUGAGAAACUUCAGGGCAAGAUUAAUGAUGAAGACAAACAGAAGAUUCUUGACAAGUGUAAUGAAAUAAUCAACUGGCUGGAUAAGAACCAGACUGCAGAGAAGGAAGAAUUUGAACAUCAGCAGAAGGAGCUGGAAAAAGUCUGCAACCCCAUCAUUACCAAGCUGUACCAGAGCGCAGGAGGCAUGCCUGGAGGAAUGCCAGGAGGAAUGCCUGGGGGCUUCCCUGGUGGUGGAGCUCCUCCAUCAGGUGGUGCCUCCUCUGGGCCCACUAUUGAAGAGGUUGAUUAGGCCAGCCUAGCAUAGAUCUAGCAUUGUUCCACACAAAACAUGGAAGGACCCAAAUUUGUAGCAAUUCCCGUGGCAGUUAUGAAGUUGAGCUGCUAUAGUAAAUAACUGGGCAUUCUUGAUACUUGAACAUGGAAUGUGUGUGCACAUGGAAAAACAUUGCACUUUACAAGCACUGUAUUGUAAGUGGAAAAAUGCAAUGUCUUAAAUAAAACUGUAUUUAAAAUUGGCACCA